CACAAAUCUUCAGCCGCUUCCGGUUUCGAGAUGCCUGUGUGAACUCGACACUCCAAGCUGUGUGAUUGGUUUUAUACAACGCAUCAUAUUUGAAGAGCAGAGAUACUGACGCUUCAGAUAGAGAGGUGUCCAGCAGUGUUGUGUUCUGGAAGUGGAAAAGGAGUGUGCAGUAAUGAUGUCUGCUGAACUGAUCAUUAAAGAUGUGUCAGUGGUGGCCGUGCGGGGCCCUGGCGAUGGCAUGGAGACAGAUAAACCCCUGCCAGCCCCUGAGCAGCUGACGGAGGCCCCGCUCCAGAAGAUCUGCUCUCCUAAACACAGCCCGAGAGUGGCCACCGGGUCUCCAGGAGUGCUGCACCUGGGCAAGGUGAGCCGGGACGCCUGUUUGGAGCUGGAGGCAGUGAGGAUCGUGGUUCCCCGGGCUGCCAUCAUCCGCACCGGGCGCUCAGGGGCGCACACUGAUGACAGGGGGUCUCCUCAACACGGGGACGAGCCUCCACCUGCUCCACCCUCACCUCCACCUCCAGCAGAGCCGCUGCAGGAGUACAAGAACAGCCUGGAGAAACUGCAGAGCUCAGAGAGACGCCUGCUGCAGGAUAAAGAAGGCCUGUCCAACCAGCUGAGGGUCCAGACCGAGGUGAACCGUGAGCUGAAGAAGCUGCUGGUGGCGUCAGUCGGUGAUGAUCUGCAGUAUCACUUUGAGCGCCUGGCGAGAGAAAAAAACCACCUGAUCCUGGAGAACGAGACUCUGUGCCGAAACCUGUCGCACACGGCGGAGCAGCUGGAGCGCAUGAGCAUUCAGUGUGACGUCUGGAGGAGCAAGUUCCUCGCCAGCCGUGUGAUGGCGGAGGAACUGACCAAUGCCAGAUCGGCUCUACAGCGGCAGACGCGAGAUGCUCAGUGCGCCAUUCAGGACCUGCUGAGUGAAAGAGAAGAGUUUUCCAGAGACAUGACGCACACGCACAGGUGUCUGGAGCAGCUGCUGGUGUCUCUGCAGUGGGGGCGUCAGCAGACGUAUUACCCCAGCGCUAAGCCGCUCAGCACUGGAGAACUGGCCACAGCCAAUCACAAGCUGGCGGACGCCAUCAACGCUCACCUGCUGGGCAAACUGGAGAACAGCGGCGGCAAGAAGAGCCCGAGCACUGAGAUCUGCAACACACCGGCCGAGAAGAUGGCGGAGAAGGUUCUGCGGAGUUUAGACCCGGUCUGCGUCUCCGAGCAGGAACACGACGCGUCUUCAUCUGAUUCGCCGUUUCUGCCCAACAGGAAGAGCAUUGGCCGCUUCCACCCGUACACGCGCUACGAGAACAUCACGUUUAACUGCUGCGAGCGCUGCCACGGGGAGAUCAUCGUUCUCUAGAGCCACGCUUCAGUAUUACAGCAGAAACACACCAAAGACCAGCGCUGGAGAGAGAGACAGAGAAAACAUCAUCAGGUCUGCUCUCCUACACACAGACUGAUUAAAGACACAGCUCACCCUGAAGCCUGACAAUUACCCCUGAGACAUCAACAGUAGUCAACAUGUGAAGUGGAGUUUUGUUUCAGGCGAUCUUUUCUGAUGAUUUCAAAUCUUGACUACUGUAGAUCCAGUCAGAGGUAUAUAGUAAAUUAUCUUGGCCUUUUCAGCUCUAUAAUGGCAAUAGGUGGGGGAUUUAUUUUCAUUUAUUUAUUUUUCUAAUCAACAGUGCAAAAGAAGUCUAAUAAAGCACAUGCAUUGUAUGAUAUAAAGUGUCUUAUGUAGCUCCAGGGGGUAAAUAAAGCUCUCAUAUUAUGAAUUUAUGCAUUUUUUAAAUAUAAAAAUAUUGUUAUUUAUAACUUUAUAAACCAUUUCUCUCUGUUGUCGUCUUCUGAAUGUUUUGUUUUCUCUUCUUUGCACUUCAGCGUUUAUUUAAACUGCGCAUGUGCUUCACACUUGAGAUUAAAAACACACUCCUGUCCAGCUGGUGGCGCUAAUGCACUAAUAAAUACAGGAGUGUGUCUUUUAACUUAUUUUUAAGUGUUAAAUGCAUGCACAGUUGAAACCAAUACAGAAGCACAGUGAAGAGAGAAAUCAAAACACUCCUGUCCAGUUGGUGGCGCUAAUGCACCAAAAAUGCAUCUUAAAGACAAACGACGCACAACAAUUACGCAAAUGAAAUUAGAAAAAUAAUUAGAAAUGAACUUUAAAAAUGUAACUUAAAAUUAUAAUUACAAACUGCAUAAUAAUAAUAAUAAUAAUAAUAAAAAACCACUCUAAUGCACCACAAAAUGUGCAUUAAAGAUGAAUGGUGGUCACCGGUAGUUACACAAAAUAGUUUAUAAGUUUUAAAUAUUGAUAUUUUCCUAACAAAAAAUGCUGGAUUUACUGCAGAGACUUUUAUUCGGCAUGAGAGACACUUUUAAUUAACAAUAAAUGCACUUUAUUGGACAUCUGAUUUAAAAAACUGCCACCUGUUGCCUUUAGUAGAGCUGCAAAAGCCAAAUAUGAUUUUCUAAACACCUCAGAUUAGAUUGGACUGAAAGAAGAGAGUCAAAGACACCUGGGAUGUGUAAGUCAUGGGAUAAUUCAGUGUUUUGGGUGAACGAACCCCUUUACAGAGCCUCAAAUGAACUGUUAUAGUGCAAUACUCCUCGCCCUCUGAGAAUGAGCAGCGUGAACAUUCUGCUAGACGUCUCACUGUGUUUGAAUAUUGAAGAAAUGCUGCAUUAGAGUGAGUGGUUGAUUCGUGGUGUAGAUUUGACAGUGCGUGUGUGACUGAUCUGAGUUCAGUGUUUAUUUAAUGCAGUGUUUCUGGAUUAUUAUGUUGACUCUGAUGCUGGAUCAUAUUUAUGCUUCAUCAAUAUUCAGCUUUUUUGCAUCACUCCCGGACCAGAUUCUGUUUUUAAAACAUUUUGCUGAUAUUUUCUCUUUGUUGUGUUGCUCUCUAAAUGAGCGAAAUAAAUAGUUUAGACUGAAA